GGCAACAGGGAGUGGGUGACGGUUAUAGGCGCGAUUUGUGCCGACGGAUCUCACCUCCCCCCUGCCGUAAUCUAUCCCGCGGCUAGUGAGAAAGUACAGGCUAACUGGGUGCACGAUAUCAAUCCAGAUACUCACGAUCUACGAUUCUCAGUAUCCCCAAGUGGCUGGACGAACGACGAUCUUGGUGUUGCCUGGCUGCAGCAGCUACUUAUUAUUAAUAGCUAUAAGAGCCACUACUUAGUGGCUUUCCAAGAUCUCUGCAGAGAGAAGAAGAUAAUCACUCUCUAUAUGCCCCUGCACUUGUCGCACCUGUUGCAGCCACUUAACGUCGCCUGCUUCUUGCCACUAAAGCGCCUGUAUAGCGAUAAGGUUUUAGCCUUAGCACGCAGUUAUAUCUACUAUAUUAAUAAGGAAACCUUCCUACUAGCCUUUAAAUUAGUGUUUAGUAAGGUAUUUACUAGAGAGAACAUUCGCGCAGGCUUUAGAGGUACUAGGCUAGUCCUACACAACCUAGAGGUGGUGUUAUUAAAGCUUAAUGUGCGCCUGCGCACGCUAACGCCACUAAAACCUAGCAACGUUGCCUAG